AUGGGAACUGUCAGCGGGGGCUGCACAGAUGAUCUGCUCCAGCAAGAGUGUAUCAUUGAUGAAGACUGUGACCCAGGGAAAUACUGCCAGUUCUCCAGCUUGGAAUACAAAUGUCAGCUCUGCAAGCCCCAGCACACACCCUGCUCCAGGGAUGUGGAGUGCUGUGGGGAGCAGCUCUGUGUCUGGGGCCAGUGCAGCAGCGCCAGGGCCAGCGGGGAGAAUGGCACCAUCUGUGAGAGCCAGCACCACUGCCAGCCUGGCACCUGCUGUGCCUUCCACAGAGAGCUGCUGUUUCCUGUGUGCACACCCCUCCCUGAGCAAGGGGAGCCCUGCCAGGACCCUUCCAACAGGCUGCUGAACCUCAUCAGCUGGGAGCUGGAGCCUGAUGGAGCGCUGGAGAGGUGCCCCUGUGCCAGUGGCUGGAGCUGCCAGCCCCAGAGCCACAGCAUCACAUCUGUGUGCCAGCUGCCUGCCAAUGAAACCCAGCACCCUGAAAAAGAAGGAGAUCCCUUAGUGAUGGAUGAGAUGCCCUUCCUCAGCUUGCUGCCCCAGGAUCUCCUCUCUGACUACGAGGAGAGCAGUGUCAUUCAGGAAGUGCGCAGGGAACUGGAGAGCCUGGAGGACCAGGCAGCUUUGAAACCUGAGCCUGACUCAGCUCAGGAGCUGCUCUUGGGAGAUGAAAUCUAAAGCCCAAGCACCAGUUUAGUCAGCUCUUUCUAGAUUUUUUUGUUUAGUGUCUUGCUUCUCUGAACCCUGAACACACACUGCUGGAUGGAAGUGCAAUAAACCAGGUCUUGAAGGAGCAUCCUUCUCUGUGCACCAAACCCGCAUGUCCCAGCUGCUGUGGAACUCAUUCAGCCCCUGGAGCAAACCUUCUGCCCAAUGGGAACCAUGACAGUGCUCUUCUGGAUUUGUACUUUCCCCUUGUAUGUCAGAAAUAAACUCCCUAGUACUUGUACUCAUUA